AGUGAAGUUCCUAGUGUCCGCGAAGGAGUUUUGCGCCAAGGGAGGGCGAUUUUUCAUCGAUAUAAUCUUCACGGUGGCCAUAAUGUACGGUGUGUUGAAUGUUCACGCGAAGCUGUGGAACGAGCGAGAGAAGUGCAGGGCCGGUGCUAAGUGUGAUUUUUUAGCAAAUGCUAAUCGCAUAGAUGGUCAGGAACUCGCUUUGUUUCGCCGCGUGCCGGUCGGUGAUAAAAUUGAUGGCGCAAAUGGGAUGGAUGGUUUCUACUGAUCAUUGCUGGGGACAGGAAAACAGAAUGAGAGAGUUCGAUUAAAUUGUUUCGAGGGUAUUGGAAGUUGUUCUUGUGUUGUUUAAAUCUUCGAAGACAAGAGCAUUGCUGCACAUUUCAGUGUAUUUACUGUUGCACGUGACAUAUCCUUGGUGAUUCUCCAUUCGAGACUGUUCCUAUGCACAUAAGCUAUUACUUAAGCUGUUACACGACUCUGGCACGACCUAACCGAAGACCAAGGUCAUGGCACACGAAAAUCCCACGGCUUUCACGGUUAGUCAUGCGAUCGAACGUAAUUCUUGCGCUACCUGGAACGCAGAAGAAAUGUUUUCUGCAAGAACUACAGAUCAAAACAAAUUCUCGUCUACACCAGACAAUUGAGAAAAUUAAAAAGUUCUACAAAGUGUGUGAAAUAGAAAUUGGUGCGGAAUGUAUAUAAAUAAUAUAAUUGAUAAUAGAAACAUUACAAAUUUAUAGUGCAUAAAAAUGCGCGAAGAGGACUAGAUAAAACUUGUUUUUAAUUUAUUUUUAAUUUAAUGCGGUGUAUUUGUGCUACGUAAAGUGAGAGACUCGACGAGAAGAAAUAAUAACAAUGGGAAAUGCAAGAUCGCAAUCAUGUCGACGAAACAAACCGCUCUACCUGUUCUAUCUUAUCAACCGAACCUGGAGCAUCGUCGUAGAUCGGAAGGAUCAAGAUCGAUGCGACGAAACCGACCGAGAAACCGAUCUCUCGUCGAAAUGCAGUAUCUGCAACGUUUACGAUUACCAACGGAACAGCCUGAUGUUCGACAGCGAGUCGGACAUGGCGCCCAAUGCGGAGGAAGAGCUGCUGGUCGUGAAACCAUGGGGACCUCAGCCGGAAAAGGAGCGUUUAAGACCACCUACGUACAACGCUGAAGAUUAUGCAAUCGCCCUGAGACGAUGGGGAAGACGCCCAUUAGGAAUAGUUCAAGAUUCUCAAGGUACCCUGCCGUCGACAACCAGUUCGAGUUCCGGUUACGCAUCCGGAAGUGGCGAAAUGACCUUGAGACAAUUUACAUCGGUCAGCGAGCUGUUGAACAAACUCAGGACCGACCUCAGGCUUGCUUUUCCCAGCUUCGUGCAGGAGUUCGCGUCUCCGCCCGCGGACGGGAUCACUUUGUUGCUGGAGACUCUGCGGGGCGUUCAACUGGCCCAGAGCUCGCCGCCGAACUCGGGCCAGACCGGGCCCAGAAUCGGCACCAGAAGGGCCGCCCUGGACGAGCUCGGAUGCGUGGAGUGUCUGGCCGCGUGCGGCGAACGAUGCGCCGAUGCGCCGCGGCUAUUAGUGCAGGCGCAACCCGGUCUGCUGGCCCUCGCGGUUUGUCUGACCAGUAGUCUGAACCGGUCUCGGGUUCUUGCUCUUCAGCUCUUGACGAAAGUGUGCCAGGCGCCAGGCGGACACGAGGCUGUCUCGGAAGCGGUUUCGACCCUGAGACUUAAAUACGGGGAAGGUGGAAGAUUUCGAUUUUUGGCGGGCGCCCUUUUAGCCCCCAGAGCAGCUAUCGCGUUGAGAGUCGCCGGGGUUUCGUUCUUAAACGCCUUCUUAAAAUCCGCCCCUCGCACACAAACCAGAUUGUAUAUUCAGGCUGAAGCCUGCGAAGCUGGCCUAGAGCCGCAGGUACUUCACGAAUGGCUGAAGGAGUUUGACGGGCGCGAGGAGGACACUCUGACCGAUUUACUGCACAAGGAAAUCCAAAAGUGGACGCACAACUGCGUGGACGUGGACGCUCUGCAGCGCAGGAUGAUGCGCGCGGAGGAAACCUGCAGGAUCCUCAGUAAAAAGGUAUCGCUCCUGCAGAUGCAGCUUGAGAAGCAGAACGAGUGUAAUAACCUGGAGGAGCGAAAUAACAAAUCCGGGACGACGAUCCUAAACACCAUCAAAAGUCAGAAGGUAUCCUCGAACGGGGAGGACGAGGGUAUCAGCUCCUCGGAGAGAUCCAGCAGCCCCGAGGACCCGAAGCAGCACCAGGGGAAGGUUCUGAAUCGGCAGAAGACCUCGCCUACCCAGAGCAACGAUCAGGAAACCACGAUAGACGACGUGAUCGAGGAGCUCAGGAUCAUUGUGAAGGACGCCGAGGAGGAGUUCAGUGAGAAGACUCAGCAGGAGCUGAAUCGUCGCGAUCAGGAGACGAUCCAUAACGAGCAGGAAUCGCCGAAAGCCAAAUUAUAUAGAUCCAAUUCCAAGAUCUCGUUGAACAACUCCGAGAGCUACGUCUACGAGAAGAUAUCCAAGAGGGACCAGUAUCGUCCCGGCUCGAACGCGUCCCAGAAUCAGACCAAGGACGAGCAGGUGACGUAUUUCGGCAACGAUCAGGAUUACAGCACGGACUCGAGCGGCGGGAAAAGGCCUAACUCCUCCGGUGGGCCGCGAAAGACCUCCAAAUCGUCGAUGGAGGGUAGCGUGAAAAUCAUCGUCAAGGGACCGGACGUGGAGGAAGCGAUAAUUCCGGCCAUUCUGCAUCCCCAACCGCCCAGAAGAGCCCCACCCUGCUUAUCCGUCAUCAUGGCGGCCAGACACUGCGACCUCGUGGAAACCUACAACUCCCACGACGAGGAACUCGAGGAGGAGACCUUGGGCGACGGCAGCGACUCUCUUCUGAGCGCUUCCAGGCUCAAGUACAACGGCAAGCAUCAUCAUCAGCUCUACGAGGGACAAGUUAGAAGUGUCAACGCGACUCAGCAGCCGCAGAAGUCAGAGAAGAGCGAGGCUGCCAAGUUCGAGAAGGGCAGCGACUUGGAUGAGAGCGAGAACACGAAGAACGGAAAGGUCGGAAGGGGCUACGAGACCCCGAAGAGGAUCCUGGCGGGCAUCGAGCCCAGACAAAUCGACGUUUACAGACCAGGGCAGUUCGAGUCCGGUGCCAAAGGAUUCGAGGUCUCCUCCGGGAAAUCCGGGGAGCAGCCGCGCGCGAUUCGCCGACACAGUUCCAAGUACCGGAGCGAGAUCGAGAAGAGGAAGCACCUGCGUCGCUCGGCGAGCCACGACUACCUGGAGUCGAGUCUGCCGAGUCCGUCAUCCGGCAGGGUGGAGUGUCGCAUCCGGAAGUUUGAGAGCCUGAACUCGUUCGACGAGCACCGGAGCCUGCAGAAUUACGGGGUCAGGUCGAACGGCUCGGAGAACCUCAGCAAACGGGAGCAGCAGGCGUUGCUGCUGACCGACCUCUCCAGAUCCAGAAUGCGGCGGUCGGAGUCCUUCCACCAGGUGUCCCAUCGGGCGAAGCGCGAAGGCGACGGCGACCUCUUCUACAUCACGGAUUUUAAUCUGGAGCCCCUGGUGACCUCGAGGAGGCCGCGCUCGAUAGACGCGCCCAAGUCCCCGAAUGCGCUGACCAAGUCCCUGGACAGAAUCGACGAGGGUCUGGACUCGAUGGUCGACAUCGUCAUCACGCAGGAGCGGAAUCAGUGGCUGAGCAAGGGCGGGAGACGUCAGUCGAAGACGUCGACGAAGUCUUGCGACGAGAAGCAACUCGCCAGGUCCAAGUCCAUCAGACUCGACGACUUCUGCGGCUCCCUGGAGUCGGGUAAGCAGGCGAAGCGGGAGAGUUUCGCUUCCAAUUCGAGGAACCGGCAUUCGAAGAACGAGGAGUCCCUGAUGUACCACGUGAACAACAAGCAGUUGAGGAACGACGAGUUUUACGAGCAACAGAGGACCCAUCGCGAGUGGAAUUACCAGAACGAGUUGAAUUACGCCAAGAGCAAGGACGAUCUGAGCUCCGAGGAGUCGCCGGUGAUUUUGUCCAAGGGCAUGAGACACAAUUCCUUCUGCCAGAAGGAUAACAACGUCGGCAAGUUCUCCGGCAGAUCGAACGAGUCGGCAAUCUUCGCCGGACGAACCUACGACACGUUUGGCCUCGGAAAGAAUCGCUUCAACGCCGGCAAAUAUUCCGGGAAUCAACAACAGGUCAAGGAGAGCGUGAUCGGCAGAAGAAACACGACCUCCUCGUUGAUUGGGAAACGUGGAAAAGUGACAGACGUCGUCUCGGGCCUCUAUUGAAUUUUCUACCAGGUUCUAAAGAAUCAGUAUAAAGAUGGAAAACAUUUUUUUAUAUAACAAAUAUAUCCCAAAUCGCAAACUGACGUC